AAUCCUGAUAAUACUAUUUUCGUAAUGAAUGGAACAAUCGGUCAGGCUGCUAAAUCUCAGGCAAAAGCUUUUCAUGAAGCUGCUGAUAUUGGUUCGAUUAUAAUAACUAAAAUAGAUGGUCAUGCAAAGG